CAGGUGAUGGCGGACUGCGUUACCUUCGCGAUUGGAUGUGGUGGCUUGGUUUGGCUCUGUUUGGCCUCGGUGAGGGAGCCAACUUCGCCGCGUAUGCCAUGGCACCUGCCUCCCUCGUAACCCCCUUAGGUGGGUUAUCGGUUCUAGUGAGCACUGUGCUCAGCGCUCGUUUUCUCGAUGAACGCUUGCAUCUGGCCGGAAAGUUGGGGUGUUUCAUCUGCUUGGCUGGUUCAACUAUUGUGGUGUUGCAUGCACCCAAAGAGCAGGCAGUUGAUUCAUUGGAGGAAAUUCAGCGUAAAUUUUUUGCUCCAGGCUUUCUCGCCUACGGAAUAUUUGUGCUACUAAUGUCGUUAGUGCUCAUAUUCAUCCUUGGUCCACGAUUUGGAAAGUCCAACCCUUUAACAUAUCUCCUGAUCAGCGCUAGCCUCGGUUCCCUCUCAGUCAUGGCUUGCAAAGGCUUGGGUAUAAAAAUCAGGGAUACGUUACUUCACGGUACAUCAUCUAUCCUCUUCCCCUGGUUUUUCUGGUUCCUGCUCAUCCUUCUGAUCGCUGGAAUUUCCGUCCAACUUUAUUAUCUGAAUCGUGCUUUGGAUUUGUUCAACACCGGCCUUGUAACCGCCCUUUUGUAUGUGCUCUUCACUGCAUUCGUGUUGACUGCCUCAGCCGUCUUGUUCCGUGAAUGGUCAAACAUCCUACCGAUGGAUUACGUGGAGUUGACUUUGGGCCUUAUAUUGAUUUCCAUCGGUGUCUUUAUGAUGACGGUGUUAAAAAACUCGAACUUUCGCUUUGCAUCUUUGAAACUGCACAUGAACACCGUUCCAGGUAAAGCCACUAAGAGUCCUUCUAACGGUGUGGUGCCGCAUGUUCGCUCUCGCCCUCACAGCGUAAACAAAUCCAAAAUGUCUCCCACCAGGAAGCGGGAUACUCGCAACUUAUUGAGUUCCACCAGCGGUGAAAGUUUCACUUCCUCGGUCCCAGGCACCGACUCGGACUCUUCGCCUCCGCAGUUUCUACGAAAACCAUAACAACUUUCGAUCGAUACUUCGAAAAGUUGUCGAGUUCUGUAUGAGCUGCACCGGCCACCAAACUAGCCUUUGGCUUAUCCUUUACUAUUUUCUACAUUUGUCUCUACAUUUGUCAUCAGUAUUUUCAUUAUUUCAUACUUUACCUCUACCUAUGUCAAUCCGCCGGCAUCGUUUCCUUUUUAUGCCUCGGUUUCAUCAUUGCGCUGCGAGAACAUCUUUUUUUACUCCUGACCUCAACGAGGCACUAUAAUCAAAAUUUUAUACCCUGCAUUUUUGAUAUUAUUGAAAGAAUGGAGCCACUCUGUUCAAUCCUAAGUUUAUCUGUACCCCUCACCUCACCCGUAUGUAGGUGUAAUCUGGAUGCAAAUAGGUGCUUGAUAUGUUUGUUUGG